AGCCGGGACGCGGGGAGGAGAAACUUAGCUUUUAGUGUGGCAGGGUCAUGAAGAGGAGGCGGUGGCGGGAGAGCGGAGGCGGCGGAGGGGGCCCGAAACUGCGGUAGCCAGCGCUGGGCUGGUGGUUGUGGCCGUGUGGGAAGGACGAGAGUGCCAGCCCUCGGGCAGCGGCCGGGGCUCUGGGCUGAGCGCGGCCGUGGAGCCGCCGCUCUCGGCCCCCUGGCUCCGCCAUGUUCCGCAGGGCACGCCUUAGCGUGAAGCCGAAUGUCAGGCCUGGUGUAGGCACCAGGGGCUCCGCCGCUCCCAAUCCCCAGCGUGUACCGGAGGCUCCCAGGCCUCCCGAGCCUGCCACCGAGUCUGCUCCGAAGCCAGCGGAGCACACAGAUGUGCCUGCGGUGGAUUCCGGGAGAGCGGAACCCGAGAAACAGACUCCCGGGAGCAGCGAUGAAAAGACUGGUGAUGAGAAUAAUGUUGCCGAGUCUAGCACAUUGUCCUCUGCUUCACAGAGAAGAAAGCGAGUGUCAAGCACGUCUAGUCCUGUUCAGCCUCCUGGCAGCGCCCCCUCACAGAAUCGCCCCUUAUCUACAGUUAAUCAAGAUGUGCCACAGUCAGACCCUACUCCAGCUAAAGAGAAACAGCCAUGUUCAGACAGGUACCGAAUAUAUAAAGCCCGCAAACUGAGAGAGAUGCUGAAAGAGGAGCUGAAAAAGGAGAAGAAACAAUGGAAAAACAAAUUUGCUGCAAAUGAAAGCCAGAGACCACCAGAUCGUUCAAAAAUGACUAUGAGAGACUUCAUAUAUUACCUUCCAGAUAACAAUCCCAUGACUUCUUCAGUGGAACAAGAAAAGAAAACUGAAAAAUCCUUGACUCCCACCCCAACAAGAGACAGGCAAGAAAAUCAGAGCACUCAAGAUGCUAAUGAUAAUGAGGAAGGGGAAGAGGAGGUGGAUGAUGGGCCACUUCUGGUUCCUCGAGUAAAAGUGGCAGAAGAUGGUUCUAUUAUUUUAGAUGAAGAAAGUUUAACUGUAGAAGUUUUGAGAACAAAAGGCCCCUGUGUUGUUGAGGAGAAUGAUCCUAUAUUUGAGCGUGGCUCCACAACUACUUACUCCAGCUUUAGGAAAAACUACUACUCAAAACCAUGGUCCAAUAAAGAAACAGAUAUGUUUUUUUUAGCCAUCAGCAUGGUAGGAACUGACUUUUCCAUGAUUGGACAACUUUUUCCUCACAGAGCAAGGAUAGAAAUUAAGAAUAAAUUUAAGCGUGAAGAAAAGACAAAUGGAUGGAGAAUAGACAAAGCAUUCCAGGAAAAACGCCCUUUUGACUUCGAUUUUUUUGCUCAUUUGCUUCAGAAAGUUCUUGCUGAAGAGGAAAAAAGAAAAAAAUCUACUAAAUGUCAGAGUUUAAAGGAAAAGGCCUCCAAACCACGGAAAAACAUAAAAGCAAAAACAGUAACCAGUGAAGAAGUGAAUGACGAUCCAGAUGAGUCUGUAAAUAGUAACAUUUCAGAUCCAGAAAGAUCUCAAAAGGAUGCUCAGACAGUCAAUGAAGAGGAAUCACCGAGUUCAUCAGGACAGCACUUAGAACAAGCUAUGUUAGAGCAAGACCAAAAUCAAGAGAAAAAGAGGAAGAGGAACCAAGGUGAAGCUAGUACACAGGAAGCAGCAAAUCUUUUAGAGAGGGUUCUUGUUCACUCGAGCCCUCCUGAAGCAGAGAUAUGCAAGAAUACAUGUCAUUCUGAAGAAAAUGAAAGUGAAUGCAAUAAAGAACAGAUACCUUCCUUUGCACAAAACAUAGAUGACACUGCAGGUUUAACUUCCAGUGAAGAGAUGGAGAUGAGAGUGGACCCCAUCCCUUCCACAUGUAACCAAGAAGACAUCAUGCCACUAGCAAGUGAGUCCUCAGAGUCAUGCGCUGUGGAUUUAUCUGUGUCAGAACCUGGAAGCGCUGUCUCUGGUGACAUGAAUAAUGCUGAAAGUACCUGUUCAGAAGGAAACAGUGUUGACCUGAAGACCAAAUCACCAGAGACUGAACAGACAGAAACUGUCAAACCAAAAUCAAGAAGUCGACUCCAGAGACCUAAGCCUAAUCUAUCAAGGGCAAUUGGGAAGAGAUCAGCUGUUUCACAAGACAGACAAGAUGAAAGGAACAAGAACUCACCUUCAGAACCUGCAGCUGAGAAGACUCACAUGGAAAAGGAAAGAGUGAAUGAAUCUGAAAAUUUUGUCACAGAGAAUACAGACAGAGAGAGUCCAGGUGCUGAAACUGCGUCUGAUUUGAGUAAAAACUCCUGUGUCCAGGAGGAGAGUCAGGCAAAGGUCUUAAGACCUACCCGACUACUGAGGAGUCGAAUGCAAAGACCAAAGCCAAAUGUAGUGAAAGCUGCAGAAAAAGAAAAUCUCACCUCACAGGACAAAGGUGGGGAUCAUGCAGAGAAGAGUGAAGAUGAAUCCUGUGUUGUGAUUCCUCCACAAAUGGGAAAUGAGUCACAUAAAAACUUGCAAUGUGAAGAUACUGUGUCACAGCCUGAAAAAAAGGACCCUUUUGAAAAUAUGCAGUCUGAUCAGCCCAAGGUUCUUAAUGAAUGCCCAAGUAUUCAAGAAGGUAAUAAAGGAAAUAAACUGAAACAAGCCCCAGUUGUAAGGACGAGAUUUCAGAAACCAAAACCAAAUGCAGGAAGAAGAAGAAGAAUAUCCUCUAAAGAAGGGAUACCAGAGGAGACGCCUAUUUCUGGAGAAAUAACGGCAACUUGGGAAGACAUUCCAAGAGCAGACCCUUCCCCGAGGGAGGAGGUACCAAGUGUACCUGCUGCCCCUCUUACUGCUGCUUCCACCAAGGACUCAGAGUCAGAUGUGAAAGACAGUGGCAGAAAUGACACAGCUUCUAAUGUGAAGAUGUCAGAAAUGACGGAUGUCACUAUGGAAAUGGAGACAGGUUUGGAAACAAUUGGAAGAGAUACUUGCCCAGGGGAGAUGGGAGCAGAAAUGAUUGACAUCCCUAUGGAAACGGAGGCAGGUUUGAAAGCAUCUUUAAAUGAGACUUCUUCUAUGGAGAAGGUGCCAGAGCUGAUUGAUAUCACUGGAGAAAUUUGCACAAAUUUGGGUGAAACUGGAAGAAAAGAAAUAUUUUUACAGGAAAAUGGCCCCAAGGAGGUCAGUCCAGUUAGUGAAUCAGAGACAGGUUUGCAAGAAACUGGAAAAGAGUUGGCCAUGAAAGAGAGCACACCAGAUAUGACAGAUAGCAUUGAAGAAAGGGAGGCAUAUUCAGAGGAAGCUGAAAGACAAGAAAUAUCUGCACCAAUAAAGGAUGCAGAGGAGGCCAAAGCCAAGGGUGAAAUGGAAACACCCCUGGAAGAGAUUGGAGGAGAAACUUUCCAGAGAGAAGAGGCAGCAGGCACUCCUGUGGAACAGUUGGCCAGCAAGGAGGAUCCAUGUGGCAGUGUGUGCAGAGAGGAGGUGGAAGUAGAGUCGAGCACUGUAGAAGGAAAGGAGCUUAGCCUGAAGCACACUGGAGAAGGAGACGGCUCCUCCAUGGUCCUGGUCUCAGGAGAGAAGACUGCCAUUGAGGAAACGAAUGGAGAUUCGAAAGAAACAGAAAGAGAGAGUUCUGUCUCUUGGGAGGGUGCAUCUGGAGAGAUCCAUGUGGGGGAGGAAAUGGUGGCAGACUUAGAAAAAACAGAAAAUAUAGAUGUUUCCUCAAGAGAAUGUGAACCAGAAGAACAUACUUCAGGGCGGCCUGAGGCAGAUGUAAUUCCGAGCAAGAGUGACAGCAGCACUGGCCCUCCCCAGGAUAGAAAAAAUAUUAGCAGUAAAAUAUCAGUGAUUCCUACACUUUUGGAAGAAAAAGAAACUAGUGACCAGGAUGUAUCUAGUCAUUUACCUCAUGUGGACUCCUCUUCACAGAAUUCUGGACAUCAUGAAACAGACCAAGGGAUACAGCUUUCAGAUGUUCUAGAGCAGUUUUCACAUCCUAAUUUAAGUAAACCUCUUCCUCGAGAACAGAAGCCACUUCAAGUUAAACCAGCUCCUUUUCUGAGAAGUCGAUUCAAAAAACCAAAACCAAACUUGUCAAGAGCAGCUUUAAAGAGAGCAACCAUAGAAGCAGAGCAUUGUGUACCUGGGAAGAAAUCAGAAGCAUACAGAAUGGAGACUGACAUGUUGCAAGAGAACAGUGACCAAGCUGAUUCUCUCUCUUCUCAACAUAAUGUACCUUCCCUAAUGGCAUCAAGAAAAAAUGAUAAAUCAGGUCAUGAGGAGGAGGAAGCUGUGAUACUACCAUGUACACAGACUGAAAAGGAUCCUUCGCCGCCAAACUCGUGUGAACAUAAAGAGGAUUCUCAGUUAACCCAAAACCAGGAAAAUGGCUUAGUUGUUUCUAUUGGGACACAGAUGAUGAAUACAGUCACACAAGAAACAAAGCAAAAUGUUGUCCAAAAUACUCUCCCAGUGAGGGGUCGACUUCAGAGACCAAGACCAAAUGUGCAAAAGGCCAGACAGAGGCAAAUAGUAGAAAAAGGUGACGUGGAAGGCACAGCUGAGAAUGAAGGACCAGAGCUGCAGAAAGACAAGAUUACAAUAUGCCCAACGGUGGCACCCUCUUCUCACAUUGAAAGUGAAGUUGCAGUUGAAGUGUCCUCCAGAGUUUCAGAGUGCAAAGUGAAUGACAGUCAAGGCCAUGUGGUUCCUGUAGAAAACUUAAGUAUUAACAAAACUAGUGUUUUACAUGAACAGAUAAGGCAUGGAAAUAAGCCGUAUGUUCCUAGUCCAGCACUGCUGAUGAGAAGACGGCUUCAAAAGCCAAAACCACAUUUAGGAGGAGCACGCCAUAAAGAUGAGCAGCCAGGUGUAGAAAAAGGCCUGAUAGCUGAGAGCACAGCACUAACAGCAGAAGGUCACCUGCUGCAGAAGGAAGACUGUGACACCCAGCUUUCUCUGCAAGCAAAGAAAAAGACAGAGAUGCCUCUGGAGUUCUCAGUGAGAAAAGACUGUGUACCUUCUGAAGCGUCCAGUUCUGAUAGAAACGAUGCUCGGCUAACAUCCGAACCGUCAGGAGGUGCCAGGGCUGAGACCGCCGAGGAGCAGCCCACGUCCUCUUCAGGGCUUGAAGAGCAGAGUCUCAGUAAUCACAUUAGCCGUCCACAACUUUUGAAAGAAUCAAGCUAUCCCAAGACUGUUCCACAUCGAAGAACAACUCUCUCUUCUGCCUCUGAGUGUGAGAUAGAUCACAAUGCGAAAAGAACACAUAGGAAGAUGAAACCAAAUGUGACCAAAGGGCGUGGAUCAAAACGAUUUCGAGGUAAGACUGCUAAGAAGGAACCUAGAGCUUCCAAGUCCAUGUUGGUGACUCUUCGGGCUUCUCAGAAAGAGGAUGAAGAUGAUGCUGAGGAUUUUGAUUCUGACUAUGAGGAAGAAACCUAUCAUCUUGCCCCAGAAGAAUUAAACAAAGCACCAGUGUUUGUACCUGUUGGUCUCAGAUCCCCUGAACCAGUUUCUGCUCAGAUCGAGGAAACAAUGGAAGAGCUUGAGAUAACCAUGGACGCUGCAGACGUAAGAUGUGUAGCUGUUGUUGAACAUCAGCUUUCACACGUGGACAUGACAACUCGGGAUGUGCAACCAGCAAAGGAAAUGGUCAUAGGUGAACAGAGCCAAGAAGAACCAGGUCCCAGUGAUGGAAGCACUGAAGCUGCCAUAACUUUACUUACAAUGGGAGAUAUAGUAUUGCAGUCAGAGAUCAUUCCUGGACAGGGUGAUGUAGGAGUUUGUGUAUUUCCUGAUGUUCAUUCAAAGGAUAAAAGUCAUGGUCCUUUUAGUCCAGAUAAUGUAAAUCAAAAAAUUGUUCAUGACUAUCAGGAAGUUUGUUCACCUGUCAUUAGUAUGUCACAUGCAUUGUUUGAAGAAAACAAGAUUGCAUCGAAGGAACAAAGCGACGGAGAAGCUGCUGUGAUGGAAGAGGCGACCGAGGAGACGCUGCCAACCAGGAAUACAGCUUCACAUUUGAGCGUGGAGAGUAUGGUUGUUACACCCAAACCAAACUCUGAGAAGAUUUUAGAUAUCAGUGAGCUUGAUGGUCAGCAGGAAGUUGCCAGUGUUUGCAUAACUAAAGGGACAGAAGUAGAAAUUCAAAGAGAAACUGAGGAAAAUUAUUCCAAAGCAGUAGAAUUAGAAGAUAAAAGCCUUGCUCCAGUUCCAACAGCAGAGCCUAAGGAACAGGAGCGGAUGCUAUGUGUGCAUGAUAUUGAAGGGGCCAGUGUUUCUCAAGAAGAAAUCCUGCCUGUGAGAAUUGAAGAUCAUGAGGAGAACUUGCAAGAGGUUCAAAUGUCAGGCACUGCAGUUGCUUCAUCUGAGAUAGGGCAGCACACACUUGAUUCAGAUCAGGGACUUGGUGCUGCUGAAGAAGCCCUCAAAGAAAGCCCUGAUGACAGCGGCGUGCCCAUGCUUCAUGUGUCAGAGAGUGUACCAUCUAAUACAGAAGCCCAACGAGAAAACAUGAAUCCUCGAGAUGUUACAGUGAAUCUAUUUGCUAACGUACAGCAAGAUGGAGAAGACGAACAAGCAUUCAUUUUAACUUUGGUGGAAAUCCCAACUAAUGUAACAGAAGGAUUUACUGAUGCCUCCAUGCAGUUAAUACCAAGCUCUCUGCUGCCAGCACCUAUAUUGGUCAGAUCUGGGAAUACAGCAGAAAGAGAUGACCUGAGUGGGAGUUUACAAGCCUCUUCAGUUGUUCAAGAUGCUACGUGCUUAUCUCCAUCUAAAAGUGGCGAUUCUGAAAAGCCUCCUGCUAAUUUGGAUCUUACAUCUAGGAAGAGAUUUUGUUGUAGUCCUGAUGAAAGUUUUCAUGUUCCUCCUGCUAAAAAGUCCUCAAUUGCUCCAGGAAUUGAUUAUCAAGAAUGUACCUCUGAGGUAUAUUCAGAGGAAUUAAAUGUUUUUGAGAAAACAGAUUCUUGCAUGGGACAAGGCAUUUUUCCUACCUCUGAGAGCACAUAUGCAACUUCAAAAACUCAAAAAGAACACAAUGAAACAACUUUUCAGAAUACAGAAUCAUCUGGAUCUCUUGAAGAAAUAAAAGAUGCAUGUAUAGAAAACACCGUGACUCAAUUGCCUCAGAGUGAGAUAGUAUCUGAUAAAGAAGAGAAAACUGAUCCUGCUUCCAAUUCUGAACAGAGGGACAACAUGAAGUCAUCUUCAAAACCCCCUCUGACCAGACCUGGCAGAAGGCCUUUGGGAUUUUUAUCAUUAAUAUGUCCAAAAAAUAGUUUGGAAUCUGAUGAAGUGGCCCAAAACCACAGUAAGAAGCGCCUAAAGCCUCAAAUACCUGUAUCACGACGAAAUUUGAAAAAACCUAAUCCACUUAAUGCAAGCCAGAAAAAAAAUCAAGAAUCUUCAGAUCCACUCCCAUCACCAAGUGUUACUGAUACUCAGUCUGAUAAUACUGGAAGCUCUGAAAGUUCGGCAACUCAGGUUUCUUCUGAUCAGCCAUUGCUAGAAGAAAAAUGUAAAAAUGGGCCAAAAGGAGCAUCUGAAGAAGAGGUAACCACAGUCUCAGAGUUCGUCUUCAGUGACAUCUUCAUUGAAGUGGAUGAAAUAGAAUAAAGCACUCUUCUGGGUUUCCCCUUCUUUUUACUUCCUAUUUUUGUAAUGAGUUUGAAAUUUCCAGUGACCCUGACUUUAACAAAGCAGUGUUUAGAAGAGCACCACUACCUGUUUUUAUUUAGCUCAAUUUUGAAUAUUUAUUGAGCUUCAUUUGAAGCUCUUAGAAUCAGUGGGAAACAUUUCAUUCUGAUUGACUCUGCAUUUUAGAAAUAGCAAGCAGUUAAGACUGGUCUCACUGACAGGCAUUGCAGUCAUUUGUUUACAUUUGAUGCACCCUGUGCUGAGGUCCCCUGGGCUUGAGAACUGUUGCAUACACAUCUGUAUAAAUCAUAGUGCUGACGUACUGGGAGCUUGAUUGUAUUUAACGUUUUUGUUUAGUGACCUUCUUUAUAAAAGUGGCUGUGUUUUGUGUUUUGUUUCUGUGGCUUUGUUUUUUUUUUUUGUUGUUGGUUUUUGUUUGUUUGUUUGUUUGUUUUUUUCCUUGAGUGAUCAGUUGCCUGUAAGUAUAUGAAAGCAAAUUGUGAAACUCCACUUUGGUAUGGCAAAGUUAAAACUUUUCUAUUAUCAUCUAUUUGACUGAAAAAAAUGUAUUUUUCUAAUUCAUGGUGAUGUAACAUUAGUCCUGAUUCAAGAUCUAGUAUUUAAACUUGCUAUUUAUAAAGAUGGCGCAUCAAAGAGAUUAUUUAUUUUUAAAUUUUUUAUUUAAAUAUAUCCCAAUUUAAUUAUUUUCACUUAUCAGAUUUGGGUAAAGAAAGCAUUAACAAAUAAUUUGUCUCUUUUUUCACUUUACUUUAAAAGCUAUUUUAAAAUGUCAUAAUUAAAAAUGUUUAGUGUCGAUGUUUUGAAUAUUUUUCUCAUACUUUAGCAUAUUGAAUUUGUACUGUGAAUAUUUUUGAUUUUCUUAUUGUAAUCUCAGGAUUUUCAUUGGAAGAAAAAAUUAACAUAAAAGACAAAUUGUCCUAUAUAACUGAAUUUUACACACACACACACACACACACACACACACACACACACACACACGUCCUUAAAAAAAAUUUAGUGAUAGCAUUUCCCCUACUAAAUUCUGUUCACAGGAUAUGUGGGCCUUUAACCGCAGAACAUGAUUCUGCCGUUAAAGUAGAAAAUAAUGCUGGAAGACUUAGCAAAGCCAGUGAUGUCCUCAUUAUGAACUUAGAUGUUUUUGAGUCUUGUGAUUUAUGGUCUUGUUUCCCUAACAGUUUUUACCCUGGUUCAAAUUAAACUCUUCAAAGAGCAAAUGUAUUCAUUUUUAUUAUAAAACUUCAUAGAUUGAUACGAUUGAUCCAUUAGCUCCAUAGUUAGAAGUUUUUUCACAAAACAUUCUUUCGGAACUGUAGUUCCUGUGGUCCUGGCAGCAGCUGCUUGGCAGAUGCUGAGUGGAGGAGUGAGGUUGGCAGACUAGCCCAUUACACAGUAGUUUUCUUUUUCCUACAGGGCUUCCGGUGUGGAAGACUAGCCUUGCACUCUAUGUGUGUGAAAGUGUUCUUCAGCUUGUAAUCCUCCACUCUGGGAGUACAGGAGCGUACCACCACGCCCAUUUUUAUGCUGUGCUGGGAGUAGAAGCCCCAGCUUCCCACAUGCUAGGCAAACACUACCACGUGAGUUUUCCCAGCCCUAGAUCCCAGUGGAUAAGAAUCCGAAGGUGCUGCUGUCUCUGUGUAGGAGAGCUGUUUGCAGAAAGUGCCUAAGAUUCAAAAACUCUGAGUGUAUUAUGAAAUGAGCAAUACUUGAGUUGGAAAAUAUUUUUACAUCUAGAUAAUUUUCAUUUUUCAUAGUGAUAAAAUGGUGACCAAUUUUUAAGUUUCUAAGCAAAAGAGAAUAGAAAUGAGUGAGUCUAGAGUGCUGAUUCAUUGAACUUAGUGUGAGCAUGUUUCUUUUCUGUGGCUUAGAGUAAAACGUAUAGUUUAAUGUCUGUUAUAAAGGAAGAUCUAUACAUUAGAUGGAAAUUCUCGAAAGUAUGCAUCUAUUCAUGUGAUUAAUCAAUGUCACAAAAUCAUGGACAUAAUUCACAUCGCUAUUUCAAUACCUUUUUGUUAGUUUUAAAAAUGUCAUGUUCUGUAAAGUUUUUCUUUCAAGUGUUACUUGGGUUAGAUUACCGAGACUAAACUAUUAUUUAUCCCUGUGUAAUAUUUAUUUUUUAACCUCUGUCUCAUUCAUCUGUAAUAAACUGAUUUUAUGGAAAACAUAAUUUAUUGUAUAAAGACUAAAGGGGGCAUUUGUUGUAUAGAGAAUCAAGUCAGUGAACAAACUGUCCUUCUGUCACAGCCUCAAACUGGUGUUGGAAAGAGAAACAGAAUCAGUGUGCUUAGCUUUAAGGCAGGAAGAUUUGUGAUGGUGGAAAGAUGUUGGAAGGAAUUUAUUGUAGAAAUCUUCAAGGAGACAUGAUGAAAGGGCUUUGCCUUCUCUUGACUGUUUUCUUCCUGUCAGUUCCAUCUUAGCAGGUGGCCCAGUCAUGGUUUAAAAGUCUAAUUGUUGGUAAACAAUUAAGGCAAAACAUAGAUGAAAAUCUUAAUAUCCAGUGUUCACCGUAUUAUUCAAAUGCAAGUGACCAUGUAUAAUGCCGUGCUUGAAGAAGGUUUUGACAAAAGAAGCAAUAUCUUAUUUGUAAAUUUUCUUGUUCUAAAGAAAGCAGUUAUGUUCUGUAGAUACAAAUUAUGUAAAUAAAAGUUAUUUUAUACCA